AUGGGAGACGUGGUGCGUGACGUGAUUAAAAUCAUAAACUGCAUACGAUCAAAAGCGCUCUCACACCGCCAGUUCAGAGCUCUUCUAGAGGAGGUUGAUUCACAAUACAAGGAUGUGCUUUACCACCAAGAGGUGAGGUGGCUGAGCCGCGGGAAAGUCCUCAAAAGAGUUUUUGAGCUGCGCCAUGUCAUCGCGGAGUUUCUGACAAGCAAGAACAGUGACACUCAAGUCCCCACAGAUGAAAAAUGGUUUUGUGACGUGGCUUUUAUGGUGGACAUCACUGACCUGCUCAACACCCUGAAUAUUCAGCUUCAAGGGAAGGAUCAGAUCAUCACUGAGCUGUUUGACCACAUAACGGCCUUCAGGUCGAAGCUGCAGCUACUCUGUCGACAUCUGUCAGCAGGAAACCUUGCACACUUCCCUAGUCUGAGAGAGGUCAACCUGGUGAAGCAGAGACUGCCUGAAUAUGCAGCACUUCUCAGACACUUGGACCAGGACUUUGCGUUGCGCUUUGAGGACUUUAGGGAAAGUAGAGGUGACAUGGAGCUGUUUUCUCAACCCUUCACCAUAAGUGUGGACUCAGUGCCUGAUCACAUUCAGAUGCAGCUAAUUGAGUUUCAGUGUGAUUCUGAGCUAAAGAAUAAAUUCAUGUCACUACACCUGAAAGACUUCUACACACAUGUCUCAUCUGAAAGGACAUCCUCACCCUCUCAGUGA